UCUAUGACUACUGUCAAAUGGUGUAAUAAAACAAUCAAAAGUUGUUGGUAUCUUAAAAAUAUUUGCAGUGAUAAUUCUGAUAUUAAGAAGUAUUUGAAAUGUUUGAACCUCUUCUUUAAUUUGAACUUUAUCGAUUACAAAAAAGUUUGAAUACUAUAAUGGAUGCAAUAAGAAUAGUUAACUAUAAAUUAUUAGAAAUCCUCAUCAAGCAUCACCUUAUUGGCAAAAUUCAUCAUAUAUAAUAAGUAAUAAUGUCUGGAAAUUCAAAUUACCCUUUAAAAUACCAACUUUUGCUUCGUAAUGUAAAGAAUACAGUAGAAAACUUAUUAAUAAGCCAACUUGCUAAUGUUUGGUUUGUUUAUGGUGGUCUCAGUAGACUUCAUAAUGCUGUUGAAAAGGUAUUUAAGCAUGGAUGUAAAGUCAACAACAGUGAUGGUUGCCCAGACUUCUGGACUUUUGUACAAGGUCUUGAUUGGUUACAACCACAUAACGCUAAGUCUUCUUCUUUAUUAGAUUGUGAACUAAAACAAAAUUCUCCUCAAUACUUAAAGAAUAACAAAGCAUCAAUAUGGUUAUACAACAAUCUAGAAAACCAUUCACUAUCACAAAAACUGGCAUGGCUUUUAUCUGACAAGACACAUUUGCAUUCAUGUUAUUAUGAAGAUGCCUUUUUAUGUCAAGAAAAAUAUGCAGAGGCUAUACUACUCUGUUUACGAGCAGUGGAACAUAAUCAACCUAGUUUAAUUUCGGAAAUAAAACCCUGCCUUUUCUUUAGCUCUGAAAAUGUUCAAAAUUUUCACAAAGCUCACCGCAGAUGUUCUUCUUUUCCUGACAAUCAUUUGCACAAUAUUUAUAAGACAGCUACACGUAGUAAAACAUAUGAUAGUUUAAAUGCACCUGAAAGAAAAACUUUUCAUAGUGAUGUUUCUAAAGUUACAAAAAAAAACAAUUUUAUUAAUGGGAAGUUAAAACCUUGGAGUAGUAUGCCAGAUUUAAUAAGUAGCACAAGACCAAAACAAUUCUGCAAAGCUUCACAAAGUAAAACUACACCAUCUACUCCAAUCAUAACUAGAUCACGAUCAUUUCAAAUAAAUACAGAUAAAAUUAUUUUCACUAAAGACACUGUAGAAGAGAAAAAUAAGGAAAAAAAUGAUAAUGUCAUGCCACAAAUGAAACAUGUUAUUUUUGAUAACAUAAACAUAAUUGAAUAUACACAGUCUAAAAAUACAACUAUAAAGAAAAGUAAAAAGAUUGAUAAUAGUAAACUUUAUUGCUCAGUUUCUCCAACAAGAUCAUCAUCAGAUUAUAGUUUCCUUACAGCUUUGGCAGGAGAAAAAGAUUAUAAAAGAGCCCCUAAGAAAAGUUUUAUUGAGGAAGAUGGUAAGGUUUUGCCUCCUGCUACAGGGUAUUUUCCAAGACCUGUAAAAGGGCAGACUCUUGCAUCCUUUCUCACUUCUAGUCAAUUUGUACGCGCAAAUGCAGAAUUGGAUAGAGAAAAUGCUCAUUUUAGCAUAUCAGAAGCAAUGAUUGCUGUAAUGGAACAGAUUAAAUGUAAACAAGACCUGAAGUUGGUUGACGAACAAGGCGACGAAAGUGAUGAAGAAAUUAUGAGUUUGAAGCAACGUAUCCGACUUAGAAGACGUCAGAAACUUCAAGAAACGCAAAAGAAAAUGGUGAUUGGAACGCCACUUAGUAAUGCUACUACAACUACAGAAGCAAGUACUAGUGCAUAUUCAACUUCUCCCGAUUAUUGUCAUUCGGACUGUAUAAGUUCCGACGAAGUUGAAGACUUAGAAAUUGACGAAUCGUCGAAUCUGAUUGACUCAAAAGGUUUGUCUGUAUCUAUGGCGUCUCUUUUUUCCGAAUCAGAUCUUUUAAAAAAACCUAGAGGGGCUCCAGACGGUGCAUCAGAUGUUUUAUCUGCAGAAGGUGUUGCGUUGUCCUUGAUAAGUCGUUUUAGUGAAAAGCAAUUGCCUAGGGCUUCUGAUUUAGAAUGGUUAGUAUCAGAAGAAGAUGCUCCACAAGCCUUACUUCCACUUCCAAAGAGUUGGCCAGUCGAUACAGAGGAGGUGCCACCUACACCCCUACGCGGAAACAAAGACUGGGCUCCUCCUCGUCCUCAGAUAAUAUUUACACCUCAACCUCCUCCUAUGCACUUUUUAUGUUGUAUUUGUUGUGAUAGGAGGAAGAAACUGAUGGUGAAGCAGAAUUAUAGGUGUGCAGGAUGUGGAACGCGUGUCCUACCGCAAUACGCAUCAAAAUUUCGUUUUUGUCAUUAUUUGGGACGAUACUUUUGUACUUUAUGUCACACCAACCAAGUUGCUCUCAUACCCGGAAGGAUUAUACAGAAAUGGGAUUUUUCACGAUACCCUGUUUCAAAUUUUUCCUAUAGACUGCUCGAGCAAAUGUAUGCAGAUCCGUUACUACCCGUUUUCGAUUUAAAUAAAAAUAUAGAAAAUAUUUCAAAGAACUUAAAGAAAUGUAGGACUUAUAGAUUGGCCUUGUAUUAUGUUAAAGAUUUCAUUAAAACAUGUCGUUUUGCAGAAAAAAUACAGGAGUACAUUGAAAGGGAAAAUCCAUACAUUUAUAUGGAUCCGGAUGUUUAUUCUUUGCAAGAUUUAGUAAAUAUUCGCAGUGGUGAUCUUAAUAAAAAGUUAGAAAGCCUUGUAGACAUUUGUUGCAAACACAUAUAUGAAUGCCAGUUAUGUAAAGCAAGAGGGUUCAUUUGCGAAGUUUGUCUACAUGAUCAAGUUAUAUUUCCCUGGCAAAUUAAAAAAGUAACGAGAUGUAAGAAAUGUGGAUCAUGUUAUCAUAUUUCCUGUUGGAAACCGGAAAAGGAAACGUGUUUAAAGUGUGCCAGGUUGGAGAAGAGGAAAAAUCUCAAAGUGGAAAACGACGUUACAACAUCGGAUGUUCAAUAACAAGUGAGUUUUUCUUAUAAAAAAAUAAAAUAAAUGCGCAAGAAAUAAACUACACAUUUUUGUAUCUUUGUGUAUAUCUAGACAUUUUGCUGUAAAUUAUUUAACUAAAACUAAUGGUUACAACAGGAAAUUUAUAUUCACCA